AUGAUCCUAAACUUACCCAAAGAGCUUUACAUGCCAGACUAUGAUGGCGAGAGAAAAAUGUGCACUGAUUUCAUCCUCGGUUACACUGAUCCCACAAUUCAAGAAGACCCAAUUCAUGGAAAACACAAGUAUAUGAUUCAGUUGCAAAAAAUAGUCAAUAAGGAGUCAAACUUUAUCAACAUCGAAAUAGAUGACUUGAGUGAAUUCUUCAAUACUGCCAGAGAUAGUCUAUUCGUUGACAGAGUGAGAAACAACACAAUGAGAUAUGUCACCCUAUUCUCUCAAGCAAUUGAUAAAAAUAUGCCACUUCCAAGUGUGAACUUUAGAGAGGAUCAGAUGUCAACCUUUGAAAUAAUCAUGCAACAAAGAAAAUUCAACUAUCAGCAGUAUCUGAUGAGUUAAAAUCAAUUGAAUGGUUCAGGUGAAAAUAAUAUGCCAACAGACUCAAAAAUGAUAUUACCACCAGAGCUUGAAAGGACCUAUCAAGUCUUCUUUGUGCAUGGAAUGAAUGCUAAAAAGAUUAUUCAAAGAAUGAGAGAUAUUAGGUCAAAUUAAAUUGGUUCAUUAGUUACUUGUAAAGGUAUUGUUACCAGAGUAUCAGAUGUGAGACCAUGCAUAUAAGUUGCAGUAUAUGCUUGUGAGGUUUGCGGUUUUGAAGUCUAUCAAAUUGUUAAUACAAGAGAAUUCACACCAAAGGUAGAAUGCCCAAGUAGAAAAUGCAUGACUAACUAAACUAAAGGUCAACUUAUUAUGCAAAUCAAGAGUUCAAAAUUCGUGAGUUUCUAAGAAAUCAAACUCCAGGAACCAAGUGAAUAGGUUCCAAUUGGUCAUGUGCCAAGAACAAUGAAAUGUAUUGCAAAAGGGCUUAACACUAGAAAGUGUGGACCUGGAGAUAUUGUCACUAUUACUGGAGUUUAUAUGCCAGCACCUUUCACAGGAUUUGCAGCAAUGAGAGCUGGAUUAUCUCAUGAUACUUACAUUGAGGCUUUCAACGUUUCCAAAGAUAAGCAGAAUUUCAAGGAGAGUUUCUUAUCAUAAGAAAAUCUGGAAAAAGUCGAUAAUUUGAGAAGCUCAUGUGAAUCAGACUUUUAACUAUACUCAAGACUUUCCUCAUCCAUUUGCCCAGAAAUCUUUGCUAUGGAGGAAGUCAAAAGAGCUUUACUCUUACUUAUGGUCGGUGGUGUGACUAAGGAAAUGGUUGACGGUAUGAAAAUUAGAGGUACUAUCAAUGUACUAUUGAUGGGAGACCCAGGAGUAGCCAAAUCUCAACUAUUGAAGCAUAUUGCUACUUUCGCUCCCAGAGGAAUCUAUACAACUGGUAAGGGUUCAUCAGGAGUUGGUCUCACAGCUGCAGUCACCAGAGAUAACAUUACUAAAGAACUUGUACUUGAAGGAGGAGCUCUUGUACUAUCAGAUACAGGUAUCUGCUGUAUUGAUGAGUUUGACAAGAUGGACGAAAGAGACAGAACAAAUAUUCACGAAGUCAUGGAACAGUAAACAGUCAGUAUUGCCAAGGCUGGAAUUACGACUUCUCUCAAUGCUAGAACUUCAAUUUUAGCAGCUGCAAAUCCCUUAUAUGGAAGAUACAACCAGAAGCUCAAGCCUCAUGAGAACAUUAACCUUCCAGCUGCCCUUUUGUCAAGAUUUGAUCUACUUUUCCUAUUACUUGAUCAAAUUAAUGAGAUCAAUGAUCAGAACCUGGCUCGUCACGUUGCUACUGUUCACAGAACUUUGAAAGCUCCAGUUAGAGACGAUACCUUAAUUAUAGAUGCUGAAAUCAUGAGAACUUUCAUUGCUAAAGCCUAAGAUUAUAAUCCAAUCAUCCCAGCCGAUCUACAUAACUAUAUUGUUGCUAAAUAUGUAGAAAAGAGAAAGAUUCAAAGAGAGGGUAUUGAUGAGUAAUCAUAUAUGUACGUUACCCCAAGAACAUUAUUAGCAAUUAUCAGACUUGCUUAGGCAAUGGCUAAACUUUGCUUCAGAGAUAUUGUAAACCAAGGUGAUGUUGAUGAGGCUAUUAAGCUCAUGGACUUCUCAAUCAGAUCUCUAAGAAACAUGAAAGCUGAGUCAUCGUAAGAAAAGAAAAAGAUAAUGAGAGAUGAAAGAAUGACUGACAGAAUGUCUCAAGUGAUUUAGGCAGUUCGUGACAUCAUGAUGAACUCAGGAGAGUCCUCACUAAAGUCAAACGAGAUUCAAAAGAAGCUAGAAAAAUCGUAUCAUUCCUCGAUGAAAAUAACAGAAGAAGAAUUAAUGGAUGUGCUCACAUUCUAUAAGAACCUAGAUGUAAUUUAUUUCGAUCAAGAUAAAAAUGUUGUGUUUUUGUGA